AUUCCUGCCCUAUCAAUGUGCGGGGCCGCGACCAACGUCAGCCGGACCGAUUCCCUGCGUCUACCAGUCCCGCCACGAAUUCAUUUGGGAUCCUUAAUGAGAGGAGAGGAGAGGAGUUCGCGGAGAAGGGAUCAAGGCAACCGAUUAGAGCCAAUUGCCUGCAGCAGGGACAGUCAGCCCUUCCAGGCCUGGCGACCGCAGAGGGAGGGGAAAGAGGAACUGAGCACCGCUGCGGGAAGACACUGAAGCAAGAGCGACACCCUUUCCCGCCCCCCCACCUUGCAGCGCAGGCUUUGAAAGCUGCUCCCCCAUCUGAAUGGAAACUCGGAACCGUGGGGCAGCGCGUUCCUCCUCGCUCAGCCUUGCAAUCCAUGCCGAGAGGAAAGCGGUGCGAACCCACGCCAGCGUCCAGCUCCCGGGACAGGGCCAGCAAUGCUGCUGAGCAGAACUUGAUCGCGCCUCUUCACAGCUGGUAGUGGAAGCGAUGCUGCAAGGCAUAGCCAGCGCUUCCCCUGCUCUCCUUCAAGCUGAAGGUUACCCACCCGCGCAGGCAGCUCCAACCUUGUGAGCUGCGCGCCUCGGGUCCCGGCUCCUGCUGCUUGGCCGCGUAGUGCAGGGCAACCACCGGGCCGCCCGCGCCGGGGCGCACUGCACCAGCGGCUUUGGCUUGGUGGAUGUGUAUGCAUGAGUUCUGCACCGAAUGGGCGCAAAAAGCGCCCCAGCCGGUCCGCCCGCUCCUCCAUCUUCCAGAUCAGCAAACCCCCGCUGCAGAGCGGAGAUUGGGAGCGCAGGGGCAGCGGCUCCGAAAGCGCCCACAAAACGCAGCGAGCCCUGGACGACUGCAAGAUGCUUGUCCAAGAGUUCAACACGCAAGUGGCUCUGUAUCGAGAGUUGGUCAUUUCAAUUGGGGACGUCUCAGUCAGUUGCCCCUCACUUCGCGCGGAAAUGCACAAGACAAGAACCAAAGGCUGUGAAAUGGCCCGUCAGGCACACCAAAAACUGGCUGCCAUCUCAGGCCCGGAAGAUGGUGAGAUACACCCAGAAAUCUGUCGGCUUUAUAUCCAACUGCAGUGUUGCUUGGAAAUGUACACAACAGAGAUGCUAAAAUCCAUUUGUCUACUGGGGUCUCUUCAGUUUCAUCGAAAAGGAAAGGAACCUGGUGGGGGAAUGAAGAGUUUGGAUUGCAAAAUUGAGGAAAGUGCUGAAAUACCUGCCCUAGAGGACUCCUCCUCAUCCCCCAUAGAUAGUCAGCAACAUUCCUGGCAGGUUUCCACAGACAUUGAGAACACUGAAAGAGACAUGCGAGAAAUGAAAAACCUUUUAAGCAAACUCAGGGAAACUAUGCCUUUACCAUUGAAAAAUCAAGAUGACAGCAGCCUUCUGAAUCUAACUCCCUACCCUCUGGUUAGAAGACGGAAGAGAAGGUUCUUUGGGCUAUGUUGUCUCGUCUCAAGCUAGGCUCUUCUUCUUCCUGAAGCCCACCACUGAAAACACCUGGAAAAAAAAUUACAAAACCGGAGGACCUCCGGACAGCUGGACCACACAGUGAUGGGUUUUUGACUAUAUUUUCUAUGCUUCCUUCUUAUUACUUUUAUCCGCCUCUCCCUACCCUUUUAAAUGAUUUUACACUUGAAAGCAGCUGCCUUCAAGAGAAAAAAAAAAAAGAACAGAAUCAAAAAGCAGGCUGUUUUUAAAAGGAUUUUUAAAGCUGACGUUGUGCAUGUCUGCUCCAAACCAUGCCAUAAUAGAUGCAAGGAUUAUGAUUUUUAAAUCAUUUAAAGGUUUUUUAAAUGUAUUAUACAGAGAAAAUUUAUUUCACUUAUAAUAGUCUAUCUAUAGCUCUUGCUGAUCUCAACAAUUUAUCAUAAAUGAAAAGUCUUUAAACAUAGAAAUUAUUUAAAACUGCAAAACUGUGUUCAAAUAUUCAAUCUAUCGAUAUCAUUAGAAAUACUAUAAUCAAACAUACACCACCUCACAUAUUGCUUUCUCUGCACUCAUUUAAGUUUAGUCUUCCAUUCUGUCAGAAUCUAAAAGCUUCAACAUAAAAAUAUCUUAAUUUAUAAUGCAACAAAAAUCAUAUAUGAAAAAUAUUUAGUUUUGUAAAUAUACAAUAAUCCUAAUAACUUCGUACAAUGCAUAUGGGCAACUAAGUUCCCUUUGAUCCAAUGGUGUCUUUUUCAGCUUCUUGGAGAAUGAAGUUAUCCAGUUAGGAAAUGGUGUAGUAACAUAUACAAUUACCCUCCAAUGUAAAAUUGAAUAUUAUCACAUUUCGUUCUAAUUGAAAUUUGAAGCAUGGUGUCUGCACAUCAGCAUAGUGUUAAAUCUUAUAGGGCAUGCUGGAAUUAGCUCAGAUUGUAAAAAUAUUUAACAUUUUACAUUAUUAAUAAAAAAAAUUUUAGUUAAGCUAAGCUUGUCUCAUUUUAGAUGACUAUGCAGAUAUGACUUUUCCAAUGUGUACUUGGUGUCUUGUCUUAUGCUUAGAAUCUUGAAAGCAGGACACAUUAAGCAAUACUAUAUUUUAGAAAGGAGGAAGCCACGUGCUUUAUUUAUCUGCUCCAGACUUCAUUGUGAUCUUCCUCCACUAAACUUGUAUCAUGGUAUAAAUUUUGUUAUAUUUUCCCCCUGCUCUUCCUUUGACCUAUUUCCCACACAGAAUUUCCUGUGGUUUGAAAGAUCAAGUCUUUGCACUUCUUUUCUUGUUUCACAUAGUCUGAACAAUUUUCAAGUCGGACAGAAGAUACCAGGGUCCAGUACAAUAGAAGAAGGAGCUAGAUGCCUACAAGUGGUUUACCCAAGAUACAACUUUAAUCUCAAUCCUGUAUAGUCACUUAUAUAUACACCAAUACUGUGACCUAAAAACUAAAUAUAUUAAAGCUUUUAGCUUUCAUGAAGAUGAAGAGAGUAAAUAAUUAUUCUAUUAGGUUGAAUUAUAUGAAAUUGCUGGUAUUUGACUGUUUUGACCUACAAAAUAGCAUUUUCAUAUAGUUCAUUCUAUUGGAAUAGUCUUCUAGCUCCUUGUAUUGAAAGCAAACAAAAGGAUUAAAGGGUUGGAGGAGAACUCCAAAGGCUAUGCAGGUCUCUAUUUUUAUUACACCAGCUAUUUAUUGACCUUAUUCUUGGAGUCCAGAGUUGUGUUUCAAAGGACUGGUAAUGAAUAUGAGGUUACAGGUAUUCUGGCCUCCCACAAACAGAAGUACCCCAGACAAGUCAUAUGAGAAAAAUCACAAUUUUCUUUGUUAAAUAAUUGUAAAACACUAUGGGACCAUGCUAUUUAAAGACUCAGUUGAAUACUCCCUUAGAAAACAAGCAACCACUCCCAGACUCAGCUGGUCUGCUCACUUUGAUUUUUACAAAUCAAUCUUGAUUAAAGCUUAAUAUUUUUUCCUGGAUCUGGUUCAUUUUCAUCCCCUGAGCUUAUUUUAUUUAAAGGCCUGUUUUCAAAAUUAUGAGUAGCCCAAAUUGGCAUGCUCUCAGCUCCCAUCUCUGCCCUCUCCCACCCUUUGACUAUAUUGACCUCUUAGCUUCAAUCUUGUUCCUACUAAUCCAUGCAAAGCUACUAAAUGAUAAGUCCGACCUUGGUGUUCAGCACGUUCUUCUAAAUGCCUGACCUAAAUCACUUCUGCUUGGUUAAUUUGUGCUCACUCUCGCCUUAGUCUCUGUGUGAAGUAACACUUACCUUCUGUGCAAUUGUCCUUUGUACAGCUGAAGACUGUUAAUAAAUUCAGGUCUCACCUCCAUGUCUGGGAAGGCUGUAGUAGCUACUCAUGGAGAUGGGAAUUUGUCUAAUUACUUAGCCAGACUUUCCAUAUCUAAGGUAAUAUAUUCAGCCACCUUAUCUUUUAUUCAUAGUGCCUGUUUUCCAGCCUUCGAUCAGUUUUAUAGUUCCUGUAGACACACUCCAAGAUUUAUAGAUGUCCUUGCAGUAGCAGGUCCUAAAAAUUACAUUUAGUACUCAAAGUUCUGAUAACCUACAUUGGCUCCUAGCUGCAAUAGGUAAUUUACCAUCUCCCAUUAGAUAUGCCAGCACAACCUUUAAGAGCUACCCCUCUCUACUCUCACCUACCCAAGGACUUUCUCAGGUGUGGUCUCAUGAGAUAAAGUUCUGCUGUCUUGGCUUCUGCUAGUGAUUUGCUUUGAGAUUGGCAAUAACCUUGAGCUGAUCUCAAGGGUAAGAAGAGAAUUUUAAGCCUAUUUUCUCAUGUGUACCCACAAACUUGAAACAGAAAAGGAUGUAAAUUUUGUGGCACACACUCACUUAUUUGACCACCAUAUUUGUAAUAUCCUAUGUUGGUUUUCCCCCCAGAUUACAACAACAAUAUGUGUUCCCUGUGGGAAACCUGAAAAAUACCACCUCAUAUAAGGAAAAUAAAAAUCAACGAAAUUUCACCAAAAUCAUUGCACUUAAAGCCCCCUGGAUUUUAGAUCAGUCAGAGGACUGGGCCCAAAGGCACUUUAGGAUAAGAUGAGUAAAAUGUCUACAAGUCCAAGGUAUCACUUUGAAAAUCUCUCUGCUUAUGUUUUCCGUGCAUCUAGGUGCAGACUCACUGCAAGGAGAACUUUAGAAAUAGAACAGUCUGAUGCCUCCUCAAGUGAAUUAAAGCUCUUGGGGGAAAUUCUGAAUUCUGCCUCACCAUUUUGUUCCUCUGUGCCCCUGUGAAAACUGUUGAGAUGCUCAGUGUUUGGUUAUACUGCCACCUACUGAAAGUUGGGCUUCAGAAUGAGGGGAAAUAAACAGUAUAAAACCAUAGGAUUCAUUUAAGAAAGGGAACAAAUGGGGCCAGAUUAAUAAUGAUCCUGUCUGGAAUUUCAGACUCUGAAAGUCUUGACAUUGAAAGGAUUAAGGCUGUCAUACAGCUUAACUUCCUAUCCCUCAACCCCAUACUUCAGCAGUAUUCAUUACUGCUUGUGUUCUAGAAUGUCACCAAAAGGAAAGCAUUCAACCUUUAGGUAACUAUAGGCAGAUUAAGAAAAAGCAGUGGUACUAGUGGCCUCACUAGAAUUAAACACACAGUCUACAAUUAACCCAAGAACAAAUAAAAAAAUCAAGCACAUUAUAAAUAUAACAUUUCAAAUUUGAGAAAACAUUGAAUUAUUAAACAACUUUUAUUGGGAUAACGGAUUAGCCAUUUAUUGGGAGAAACAUUAGAACUAUACCUCAUAACUUUCAUCCAAAUAAAUUCUAAAUUAAAUAAAGAUAAAUAUGUUAAAGCACAUAAUUAAGCGUACAAAAGGAUUAGCAGGCAACAUGGAUGAAGAUGCUAUUUUAGUGUGGAAAAAGACAAACAAUCAAACAAACAAACAAAAAAGCCUUUCUAAGCAUAAUGCCAAAGGUAAUAAUUGUAAGGAAAAGAUGGAUGGAUUGGACUGAUUCAAAAUCAAAAAUUCCUUUGAAAAAACACCAAAUUAAGAUAAAAUAUUAUUUUUAAUAUAUGAAACUGAGUCUAGAUCUCAAAUAUAUACCAAGAGUUUAAAUACCACUGCUUUAGGGAAGUUUUCAUGGUUUAUAAUCCCCCCAUACUUUUUUCACUAUUGCUUGUUUAAUUGUCUGGUUAUCCUGCUAAAUUGGAAGUAGAGAUGACAGCAACCAUGACUAUUUUGCUUACUUUGUUUUCCCAACUACUAACACAGCUCGAGACACACAGAUAAUACUGAAAAGAUUUAUUGAGUGAGUGAAUAAUGAAUGAAUGACAUGAGUGAUAUUUUAUGACUCAAAAAAGAAGCAAACUUUCCAGUGGAAAAUUGAAGUAAGGACACAAAGUGGCAAUGUAUCAUAACUUAAAAUAAUAGUUGAACUACUAGUAAUAAAAAAUACAAAUUAGUCUGACAAACUCCCUUUUACAUCUCAGAAAGGCUGAGAGUUAAAGAAUUAAAGUUUCCAGGGACAACUAAGAAGUAUGGAAAUGAACAUUCUCUUACAGUCAACAGGAGAGUAAAUUGAUUCAACCUUUCUGGAAAAUAUUUUGGCACUAUAUUUUUCCUGUAUACCCAGUAAUUCCAUGUUAGGGAAAUUUUCCUUUAACAUUUUCAGCAAAAAAGGAGUAAAGAUGCAUUUAUUCAUUAUACAAAUAUAUGCAAGAAAAGAUGUUUAUAGCAGCAUUAUUGGAGAAGUAGGAAAAUGAAAAUAAGCCUACAUUAUAUGGUUAGUUGAAUAAAGUACCUCAUCCAAUGGAAUUCUGUGCACCAAUAAAGAAUAAGCUCUAUGUAUAUGUAUUGAAAUGUACAGGUUAGAUUAUGAAAUGAAUAGAAGGAAGUUGCAGAAUACCAUAUGAUCCCUUUUAAAAACAUACAUACACAUGUGUGCAUUGGAGUCUGAAAGGAUGCUUGCCAAAGGAUAACAGAAUUUAUCUCUGGGAGGUGAGAUUUGGAGCAGUUGUAUUUUCUUUUUUGCAUAUCUGUAAUUUCUAAUUUUUCCACAUGAGCAUGUAGUAUCUGUAUAAUUUUUUCAGGGAAUAAACAAUGAUGUUCACAAUAUAUAUUAAAUGAAAAACAUGUUAUAAAACAGUAUGUAUACUAUGAUAUAAUAUUUGUAAAAAGAAAAUUAUAUAUAAAUAUAUCCAUGUAUGUAUAUAUAUAUAUGCAUAAGCAAGCUAGAAGGACACACACUACAAUGUUAAUAGCAGUUAUCUAUGGGUAGUGGGAUUAUGGGUGAUUAUUUUUUCUUUUGCUUUUCUGUGUUUUCUAAUUUUUUCUACAAUGAACAUGUAUUACUUGUGUAAUAAAGACUAAUAAUAAAAGUUUUAAAAAUAUGUAAAA